CUUUUCAGCCGCCUAUUCGCCCACUUUGACCAGGUCCUUCUAUGACGGGAUGUGUCCAAACAUCUUGUUAGUUUCUCAAGCUUCCUUGUGAGACUUAUGGCAACUAUCUCAGAGUUUGAAGCUGCUGAGAAUUUUUCCUUCUUCCCGGACGCGAGGAUACGCUUCACUAUUCCAAUUUUGUUAGCACGUGGGAUACUCCGGACCCAUGGUGUUUAUGUGAGGUUCUGUGAAGGUCGAGCUAUAAGUAUCCCACUCAUAAUCUUCCCAGUUACCACAUUACCAAAAACCGAUGACAGAGAGACCCUAGCUCGCUAUGAAGUUCCGCAGGCCCUGCUGCAAGCUAUCCUCGCUUACAGCCAUAACCAACAACUCGACCAAUAUACUGGAUUUGUGAUCACCGUGGACCGGACUGUUCUUCGUAUCGGUAGGAUAGUAGCAUCUCGGCAUUACUUGAGAAGCCUCUGCUCGCGCCGACCCAUAAAGGAAGAUCUGCUAUACUACCGCUCGAAACCAUUCGAGCUUUUGGAGCAUCAGGUUGCGAUGUACUGAGAUGAGCAAGAUUGCUCGCUGGACAUCACCAAGGGGUUUUCCCAGCAACCUAUAGAAACCGGAAUCAGUGAAAGAAGAUGGAGCGAACUCUCGCCGGGGCGGCCAGACAAAAGCAGUUUCCACAGUGAAUGACGAGCAUGCGCAAAAAAUCGUUACAUGUGUCAGCAUCGCAAUUAGUUUAUGAGGGAGUUACGGCCCUUACGGGUGGUCUAUCUAGAUCUUCCGGUGACACGCUUUUUCGACAAGGAGC